AUGGCCGCAUCCACUACUACCUCUUGGGAGUCGACAGUCGCCGCGAAGCAGCAAUCAUGCCGUGGUAAGCUGCCAAAGGAAUGGCUGCUCCCCUCGGCUAUUUUGCAAACGCUUCAGACGCCGUUUGAAGAGCACCCGCACCGUAUAAAUGACAUGGACAUUCCACGCAAGUCGGGCAUAUUGACCGAGAAGGAAUUGGAUAUUACUGAGAAGUAUACCGUAGCACAACUGCUAUCUAAAUUGAAGAGCGGUGAACUUUCUGCGCUGGACGUAACACUUGCCUUUUCCAAGAGAGCAGCCAUUGCACAGCAACUUCUAUCGUGCCUCACUGAAACCUAUUUCCCUGAGGCACAGGCCCGUGCCAAGUUUCUCGAUGACGAAAGAGCACAAGGACGGAUAGUAGGGCCGCUCCACGGCUUGCCAAUUAGCGUCAAAGAUGGGUUCCAGGUUGCUGGUUCAGAUGCCAGCAUUGGAUUCGUGUCUUUCCUGAGUCAUCCCCCGUCCGAAAAGAACUCGCCCCUUGUCGACAUUUUGCUUGAACUUGGAGCCGUCAUUUACGUCAAGACGAACAUCCCGCAGACUCUCAUGACUGGAGACUCCCAGAAUAACAUUUUUGGGCGCACAUUGAAUCCAGUAAACACCUUUGUUACUGCUGGCGGGUCUAGUGGCGGCGAAGGUUCGCUAGUGGGCUUUCGGGGAUCUCCUCUGGGCAUUGGCACAGACAUUGCAGGCUCGAUUCGCAUACCGUCUCUCUGCUGUGGAACCUAUGGUUUUAAGCCAACGACUUCUCGCGUACCUGAUGGUGGGCAGGCUUCCCCAGCCCUUGCCGGCAUGGAUUUCUUCAAGCCUUGUGCAGGACCUCUAGCCAACGAUAUCCACGCACUAAACACCUUGUGCAGCUCAGUCAUGUCGGUUAGACCAGCCUUGUAUGACACGAGUGCUCUCGACGUGCCUUGGAUGGAUCUCUCUGGAUCUCCAAGCCCGGAGAAGCUACGUAUCGGUGUGGUCUCCGAAGAUCCAACCUUCCCAUUGCACCCACCAGUCAAGAGAGCUUUGGCGGAAGCUGUGAGGCUAUUGGAGGCACAGGGCCACUAUAUUUACAAUAUUAGUGCCCCCAAGGCCCAUGUAGCCGACGCAGUGGCCGUUGGCUUUGAGUUUUUCUUUCUUGACGACACAGGCGCAAAGCACAUUGACGCGAGUGGCGAACCUCUAAUACGAUCCGUGAAGCAAGGCAUGGAAGCGUGGGGCGCUUUCAAAAACAGUUUUCUUGAUGACAUUGCCCACCUUGAAGGUGUCAAGAGAGUGGCUGCACUCAACGUAAAGAGGCACAUCAUUGCGGAUGAAUGGAGAUCCCUGUGGAAGGAUGAAAAGCUAGAUGUUGUCAUCGGACCGUCGGCGCAACAUACUGCAGUCCGGCAUGACACGUACGGCCUGCCGCCUUACACAUUGUUGUUGAACGUGCUUGACUACCCCGCAUGUGUCAUACCGUUCGGCAAGUCAUCUAGCAAACUUGAUCCUGAGCCUCUUGUCAUGGGCCCUGGUCAGUGCGGUCCGAACUAUGAGCCCGAACUCAUGGACAGCUUACCAACAUCAAUCCAAGUCUACACUAACAAGAUGCGUGAUGAGGAGUGUCUUAAAUUCGCAACAGUCAUUGAUGGAAUCUUGAACCCGAAAUAA